AUAACACAUAGAAGGCGCAGCUGUGAAACUUCCGGUUUAUUGACUUACCAGUUCAUGUAAUACCACGAAUCAUUCGAGCUUUAUUAUUAUCCCUGAUACAGAAAGCUGUCGUCCUAAUUGCUAUUUUUGAGAAUAAUUAGGAUCUUAAUUUUCAAACCACAAAUUACGAUAUACUAUGGAAGUAGCCGAUCCAUAGAAGAUUUAAGGAAAAUGACAGUUUGCCUCAAAAGGAUUAUUGUUGGUGUAUGCCUAUUAAAUUAUGGUUUAAAUGAUAUUAUCACUCAGAAAGAAUGUAGUAGGACAGAACUGAGUUACUAUAGCCAGAGCGACAAUAAAUGCUUGCACUGUAAAAUCUGUAAUGACGACGCGAAUAGAAAUGGUGGGGAUGACUGCAAUUUAGGCAUUUAUAGAUGCAAAAAAAAUCACUCUUUUUUACCAGUGUGUCCAGCAGUUAAAACGUCCUUAGGGGAAAUAUGCUCAGCUGAAGUUGCAGAGACGUGUAAUGUUCUGUGCACAGAUGGUUCAAAAGCAACUCUAAAGUGUACAGUUGUUAACCAUAACAGUAGGAACACAAUUUACACUGUAGUUGAUGGAAACCGGAACUGCUCCUGGAUUUUGUACAGAGAUAAAAAGCAACGUCCCAGAAAUACUAAUAAUUUUUUUAAUGGAAGUGAGAAUAAACAACUAAUUCAUAGUGCCAUUAACAAAACAGCCAAAUCUGUGAUAAAAGAUACUGCGACGACACUUCAAUCUCACAAAAGUUUUGAUGCCAAAUCUUAUACUGACGAAGACUUGAGGGAGCCAGUUUUAAUAGUAACCGAUGUCCCAGCUGUGAAUCGCACCAUCAACCUUCAGGACGAUGGAGAACAUCAAAGUCCUGAAGAGGAUUGGGAUAUAGUCGCUUACCCUCGAUGUGAAAACAGUUUGUAA